CCGCUGUCUCUCACGGUCGGUCAUUUCACGGUAUUAGCUGAAUUUCCUGCUGGACCAUUCUUUGAAAAUACAGUUGCAGCCACGGAACCUUUAUUCAGUUGCACCAAAUCCUCUUCAACUACACACGUGUGUUUUUAAACAUCAGAGGAUUUGGCAGUGCAUAGCCUGCUUGGGUUCCAGCGUGUGAUACAGAGAUGGGCAGGUUGAGGAAGAAACACAACUGGAAGGGAAGAACACAGAAUGAUGCACAGCCUCCACCAGAGGAACAGAAGAGCGAGGCGGUGUUGGUGGAGCUCAAAGACAGUGACACCUUGAAGGGAGUUGAUGAGAGCAACGUUCUGGUCCUCCCAUCCACUAAAGCGAAGAAGAAAAAAGUCAUUGAAAAACCCGUCCCAAGAAAGCAGCCCCUGACCAAGAAGCAGAAGAAGCACCUACAGAAAGUUCUGGAGCUUAAAAAGAAGAAAUCUCAGCGUGCAGACAUUCUGACCAAAUUGGCGGAGGUGCAGCUGCCUGACUCUGAGAUGAAGAUGCUGUACACCACCUCUAAACUGGGCACUGGGGACAAACUGUACCAGGGCAAAAAGAAUGUGGAUGAGGUGGAUGAAGGGGUACCAAGCAUUGGGAAGAUCAACAGUCUGAGUGGAGCCAACCGCAAAAGGAAGAGGUGGAAAGAGGAGGAGGAGGUAGAGGAAGAAGAAGAAGAGGCGCCUGAAGACAGUGACAGCACUGAUUCAUCCUCGGAUGAAGAGGAACAGAAGGGUGGAGUGAUGGAAGACUCCAAAAUCCACACACCUGAGGUGCCAACUGGUCCUCCUCUGGAGAAAAUGGCAAAGCCAGCCGAGAAGCUGGCAGCCGAAAAGGAGGCAGUUCCAUCCCCAUGCCCCAGGAAAGAGGACUCCCAGCCUGCAGUCUUCAUACCUGUGGACAGGCUACCAGAGAUUCAGGAAGCUCGUCUGAAGCUGCCAGUGCUGGCGGAGGAGCAGGUGAUCAUGGAGGCAGUGAGGGAGCAUCCGUGCACGGUGCUGUGUGGUGAAACGGGUAGCGGAAAGACCACUCAGGUCCCGCAGUUCUUGUACGAGGCCGGCUAUGCCAGUGGGAGCGGCAUCAUUGGCAUCACGGAGCCGAGACGAGUGGCUGCAGUCAGCAUGUCUCAGCGAGUGGCCAAAGAGAUGAACCUGUCUACAAGGGUGGUAUCGUACCAAAUCAGAUACGAGAGAAACGUGACAAGCAACACCAAGAUCAAGUUCAUGACAGACGGUGUACUGCUCAAAGAGAUACAGAAGGAUUUCCUGCUACAGAAGUAUAGUGUGAUCAUCAUUGAUGAGGCCCACGAACGCAGCGUGUACACCGACAUUUUGAUAGGCCUUCUGUCUCGCAUUGUGCCACUUCGGAACAAGAAAGGCCUCCCCAUGAAGCUGCUGGUGAUGUCGGCCACUCUGCGUGUUGAGGACUUCACGGAAAACCGGAAACUGUUCCCUGUCCCCCCACCAGUGAUCAAGGUGGAUGCUCGUCAGUUUCCUGUCACCGUCCACUUUAACAAGCGCACCCCCGUGGAGGACUACACUGGGGAGGCCUUCCGCAAGGUCUGCAAGAUCCACCGCAUGUUACCCCCUGGGGGGAUUUUGCUGUUUCUCACUGGCCAAGCAGAGGUUCAUUCUGUCUGCUGGAGGCUGAGGAAAGCCUUUCCCUUCCGGCCCAACAGCACUGAGACAGAGAAAAACGAGCAGGACAAUUCUGAGGAGAUGAGGCAGUUCAAGAAGGCCAAACAGAAGAAGACUGUGUCCCUGCCCCGUAUUGACCUGGACAAUUACUCGGCACUGCCAGUGGACGAGGGGGAUGAGGAUCGGCAAGCUGGGAUUGGUGAUGAGGAGGAAGGCUCCGACCUGGACCUGGAGUUGGGGGACGACCCAGGAGACUCAGAAGAGAAACCCGACUCUUCACUUCCCCUCUACGUCCUCCCACUGUACUCUCUCCUGGCUCCUGAACAGCAGGCCAAGGUCUUUCGUCCGCCACCGACCGGCACCCGACUGUGUGUGGUGUCCACCAACGUGGCUGAGACCUCCCUGACCAUCCCAGGCAUCAAGUACAUAGUGGACUGCGGCCGCGUCAAGAAGCGUUACUACGACCGCGUCACCGGCGUCUCCUACUUCAAAGUCACCUGGACUUCCCAGGCCUCAGCCAAUCAGAGAGCAGGGCGAGCAGGCCGCACGGAGCCUGGCCACUGCUACAGGCUGUACUCCUCUGCAGUUUUUGGGGAUUUUGAGGAAUUCUCUGCUGCAGAGAUCACACGUCGACCCGUAGAUGAACUGGUCCUGCAGAUGAAAGAUCUUAACAUUGAAAAGGUGGUGAACUUUCCUUUUCCCACGCCUCCCUCUGGCGAGGCCCUGAUUGCUGCGGAGCAGCUGCUGCUGGCCCUGGGUGCGCUGGAGGAGCCGCUGCAGACGGGACGGCUGAAGGCAAUGGAAAAGGCACGCCUCAGCUGUCCCAUAACCCCUCUGGGCCGGGCCAUGGCCUCCUUCCCCGUAGCGCCCCGCUACGCCAAAAUGCUGGCGCUGGGGAAACAGCAGGACUGUCUGCCCUAUGUCAUCACCUUGGUGGCGGCCAUGACGGUCAGGGAGCUCUUCGAGGACUUGGAGAGGCCUGCAGGGAGCGAGGAGGAGAACUCCAAACUGGCCCAGAGGAGAGCUCGUCUGGCCCAGAUGAGGCGGCUGUGGGCAGGGCAGGGGGCCUCGCUGCAGCUGGGGGACCUCAUGGUCAUGCUUGGUGCAGUAGGAGCCUGUGAGUUCUCUGGCUGCACCCCCAAGUUCUGCGAGCAGAACGGGCUACGCUACAAAGCCAUGCUGGAGAUCCGUCGCCUGAGGGGACAGCUCACCACAGCAGUAAACGCUAUUUGCCCCGAGGCAGCAGUGUUCCUGGAUGCCAAAAUGGCACCCCCUACAGAGGGGCAGGUGAGGUACCUGCGACAGAUCGUGUUGGCUGGGCUUGGCGAUCACCUAGCACGCCGGGUUCAAGUUGAAGAGCUGCUGGACCCUAAGUGGAGGAACGGGUACAAGACCCCACUAUUGGACGAGCCAGUGUUCAUUCACCCCUCAUCAGCUCUGUUCAAGACUCUGCCAGAGUUUGUGGUGUACCAAGAAGUUAUGGAGACCUCCAAGAUGUACAUGAGAGUGGUGUCUGCGGUGGACCGUGACUGGAUCCCUCAACUUCUGCCCAUGUACUGCCAUUUUGGGAAACCUCUGGAGACCCCUGCCCCAAGAAUCUGCCCUGACAGUGGAAGAGUCCGGUGCCACCGUGAAAGCACCUUCUUUCGAGUUGGCUGGCAGCUCCCUGCUGUAGAGGUGGAUUACCCAGAAGGCCUUGAGCGCUACAAAUUGUUUGCCAAGUUCCUGCUGGAGGGACAGGUAUGUCCAAAGCUGGGGUCUCAUGCCAGUUGUUUGCUCUCGAGUCCCUCUACUAUGCUGAAGACCUGGGCUAAGCUGCAGCCCCGUACUGAGGCCCUGCUGGGGGCACUGGUGUCUGAGAAGGCAGACUGCAAAGCAGCUCUGCUGUCAGCAUGGAAGAAGAAUGAGAAGUAUUUGCUGGCACCUUACUGCCAAUGGCUUCCUGAAGCCAAACACCAGGAAGUGGCUAAGAACUGGCCACCUGUCUGACCAGGUGGCUAACUGACCACGUCCAGCGAGUCACCUGCCGGCAUCUCUUCAACUGCUCAUCUCCCGAGUGGCCACACAUCCUGUUGGGAAAUGAGGCCAAAGUCGUCCAUGCAUUCUGGCUUUUUGUACUGUUGUUUUCAGCAGUUUGUGGGGGCUCAGUGUACUGCUGAUCAGCUGGCUCCUUUUGCAUUGUUGCCUGAAGGGUUUGUAGUAUCGCUCUUUUGUUACUACCUUUUUAACCAUUGAAAAUUGCAAUGAUCCUGCCAGCACCAUCUUAAUGAGAAUUUCUGAAUGUUUGGUCUUUGUAAGACGUUUUACCAUCUGUAAAUAGAAUGUAUUCUGCUUAAAAAUAAUGAUGAAAUUUGCAUUAAGUGCAUUGAUUUCAGGUUAUACUAAAAUAAUGAGCAUUUACAUUCCAAUUAGGAAUUUAUCAGAUGCUCUUGUCCAGAUCUACUUGCACAGCUUACAUUUUUACAUACAGUCCAUUCAUACAGCUUGAUAUUUAGUGGUGCAUUUCAGGUUAAAUUCCUUGUUCAAGAAUACAACAGCAGUGCCCCAUCUGGAAAUGGAACAUGCAUGUUCACUUGCAUGUUCCAGCUUGAUAUUAGAAAGUAAAACCGCUCAGUAUGUGGAAGUCCUCAUAAAUUCACUUUACAUAAACUGCUUUAGUUAGUGGAUGAUACAGAAGUUAACACAUUGCAUCAUAUUUUAAUUAAUCCAUUGAAACAAAGUGUAUUGCAGUUGUGUAAGCAGGGGAUACGUUGGGCUAGAAUCAUCCACAACAGCUGUCCAACCUCUUCAGUAAAUAAAAUUGUCCUUGAAUUUGACCAGUCGCUUUACAGAUGAUGAAAAUUUGCAACAUGACUUCCAAACUAAUCUA